CGCUCGUUCGCCCCAGGAGACUCGUCAGCAUGUCUGGUGGAACGUCUGGUCAGCCGGUCAAGAGCACGCCGCUCGUGUGUGCAGGUCACACGCGCCCCAUCCCCUCAAUUCACUACUCGCCUCUCCUCCCACCGACCGCGGCCGCGCCGAACGACCCCAACUACCUCCUCAUCUCGUCGUGCAAGGAUGGCAAGCCCAUGCUGCGUGACUGGUGCGGCGACUGGCUCGGAACGUUCACGGGCGACAACGGGCACAAGGGCGCAGUGUGGAGCGCACGGCUGAGCAACGACGGGAGCUUGGCCGCCACCGGCAGCGCCGACUUUACGGCCAAAGUGUGGGACACGCACAGCGGGAGCUGCGUCGUCACCCUGCCGCACUCGCACAUCGUUCGCACCGCCGACCUGUCGUCGACCUCGUCCGCCUCGACCCUGUUCCCCUCCUCGCCCAACCUCUCGUCGCCCUCGCCUUCCGCGCUCCCCUCGAACGCGCGCGUCCUCACCGGCGGCCACGAGAAGCGCCUGCGGCUGUGGGACCUGUCGCGAGCGCCGAGGGACGGGUCGGACGCGGACGGCGUCGACGGCGUCGACGAGUUGCGGCUGCCGGGAGGCGGAACAGCGCAUGCGGGCACGGUCAAGAAGGUGCUGUGGGACGAGGAGCGACAAGGCGCGGUGAGCAUGGGCGAGGACCGGGUGCUGCGAUGGUGGGACUUGCGCACGCUCGCGCCGACGCACGAGCUCAGCUUUGACGACAAGCCGAUCACGAGCCUCGAGCGGAGCGUCGACGGCGAGCUGCUGUGCGUCACGGCGGGCAAGGACGCCAUCUUCCUGUCGCUCGAGACCCGUCUCCCCUACCUGCAGCACACGCUCCCCUACGGCCCGUCGUCGUGCUCGCUGCACCCCUCGCGCAGCACGUUCGUCACGGGCGCGUCGGGCGACGAGUGGGUGCGCGUGCACGACGCCGUCACGGGCCAGGAGCGCGAGGUCGCAAAGGGCCACCAUGGGCCGGUGCACUGCGUGGCGUACAGCCCGGACGGCGAGUGCUUCGCGAGCGGGAGCGAGGACGGCACGGUGCGACUGUGGCAGACGGCGCCCAAGACGUACGGCCUGUGGCGGUACGCCGAGCUGGAGGAAGGGGCCGAGGCAUGACGAGGAGGGACUCGUCGUCGAAGUGCAAGAGCCGUAUUCUCCCUUCUC